AUGGCUGACAGCAUCCAUCUUCGAGAGCAUCCCAUGGGGUUGGCUGAAUAUGCAUGUCUCAGUCAUCGCUGGGGUUCAAAAGGCCCGGCGAUCAAGCUCACAAGUCAUACUGUGAAGAACCUGACUGAGGGCUAUCCGAUAUCCGAACUACCGAAGACAUUCCGAGACGCGGUGCAGGUGUGCCAGUCCCUUGGUAUAUCGUAUAUUUGGAUUGAUGCGUUAUGCAUCUUGCAAGAUAGUAAGGAGGAUUGGGAAGAAGCAGCUGCUACGAUGGCCAACAUCUACCAAAAUUCACAUGUCACAAUUGCAGCUACGUUCGCGUGGAAUAGCAAUGAGGGUUUGUUCUCGAACCGUGAUCCUGCGGCUCUUGCGAAGCGCCUAAAAUUGCAUCCUCAUCUUCACGCCAUGGAGGCACCAGUGCCCUUCCCUCACAAUCUAUCCGAGCAAAACCUGGAUCUAUGGCCACUACUUGCUCGGGCUUGGGUAUAUCAAGAACGUAUGUUCUCUCCUCGUACUAUACACUUUGGCAAAUAUCAAGUGUAUUGGAGAUGUGACCAUUACUUUGCUUCAGAGGAUGGUUGCGAAGAUAUGAUAUGUGAUAUUCGACACCUUUGCCGUGUCAACAUCCUCGGUAGCUUGGAAAAUCGGACUGAGAAUCCCUCGUUCGAUUGGCACAGGUUUGUCACGGAAUACACGGGCCUUGAACUGACCUACGAAACCGACCGUUUACCGGCCAUUGCAGCCGUGGCUGAGCGAAUAUCACGAACGAUGCGAGCAGAUGAUAUCUAUGUUACUGGGUUAUGGAAAGAUAGCAUCAUCUCUGAUAUGUUGUGGUGUCCGAUGAUCCCUGGCCGUCGCACACCCCUCCAUCAGCGAGGAAAGCCCUCCUGGUCUUGGGCCUCAUAUCCAAGGAUGAAAAUCACGUUCCUCGGAGAUCCGACAGUCCCGUAUAUGGCCGAUUUUGUGAGUCUAGAUUACACUGCUGUAGGAUCAACGUACCUGGGAGAAGUCAAGGACGCUAGCGUUGUAGUAAAGGCGCCCACCCUGACUAUCACGGACCCGGACGGACUAUCUCAGAUGGAAUUGAAAGACCUUCUGAAACACCCUGCUGAGUACUUUCGGGACACCCUCCCACGAAAGUAUGGGCAGAGGUACCCUAUGUCAUUUGAGCCUUUGCCUGCCGAGUGGGGAAACUGCCACCUGGGUGUGUUCUUACGCAACGACUACGAUCCUACGACUGCCAUUCCACCCUACGCAACAGGAACUGUUCUGAAGUUCUGCGAUCACUGCCAGUGA